UCGGGCUGUUUUUCUGGUUGCCUGGAUACAGGCUCUGGCCCCUAGGGCUUCUGGGUUGUUGAAAGUCUUUGUAGCUGUUCCGCGGGACUCUACGCGCAGAAACUGUGCUGGGGGUGAGUGGAGGAGGAAUGAGUCAAAGGAGCAACGCUCUAGUCCCCUCAAUUCACUAAGGCCAUAACUCCUGGAUCUGAGAAAGAGAAAACAUUAGAAUUCUGAAGAGAUACUUUUUUCUUCUUCCUCUAUAGAAUUGGUUAAAGUGAAUAAGAGAUGGCCAGUAAUCACAAACCCCCUUCUGCUCGCCCUAUUUCACGAGGAGGAAUUGGGUUGACAGGAAGACCUCCUUCAGGAAUAAGACCUCCAUCAGCAGGUGUUCGAGUGGCAACUGGAAUGCCACCUGGUACGUCAAGACCUGCCUCUAGAAGUGGUACCAUGGGACCUGGAGGAGUACUGUCUUCUCAAAUCAAAGUUGCAGACCGUCCAGUAACACAGCAAGGUUUAAGUGGAAUGAAAACUGGAAUGAAAGGUCCCCAGAGGCAGAUUUUGGAUAAAUCUUACUAUCUUGGACUACUUAGAAGCAAAAUAAGCGAACUCACAACUGAAAUUAAUAAGCUCCAAAAGGAAAUAGAAAUGUAUAACCAAGAGAAUUCAGUGUAUUUGUCUUAUGAAAAGAGGGCAGAAACUUUAGCUGUUGAAAUCAAAGAAUUUCAAGGACAACUUGCAGACUACAAUAUGUUAGUGGAUAAACUCAACACCAAUACAGAAAUGGAAGAAGUAAUGAAUGAUUACAACAUGCUGAAAGCUCAAAAUGAUAGAGAAACCCAAAGUAUGGACAUAAUAUUUACAGAAAGACAAGCGAAAGAAAAACAAAUUAGGCGGGUAGAAGAGGAAAUUGAACAAGAAAAACAAGCAGCAGAUGGCAUUAUUAAAAAUAUGUCUCCUGAAAAACAAGUCAAGUAUAUAGAGAUGAAAACUACAAAUGAAAAAUUAUUACAGGAAUUAGAUACACUUCAGCAGGAAUUAGACUCAUUGAAUAUGAAGAAAGAAGGUCUGGAAACUGAAAUAGCGCAUUCCCAGGUAAAACAGGAGGCUGUACUUCUUUAUGAAAAACUUUAUGAAUUGGAGUCCCAUCGAGAUCAAAUGAUUGCAGAAGACAAAAGCAUGGGAUCCCCAAUGGAAGAGAGAGAGAGAUUACUUAAACAAGUUAAAGAAGAUAAUCAAGAAAUAGCAGGCAUGGAGAGACAGUUAACAGACAUAAAAGAAAAAAUUAACCAGUUUAACGAAGAAAUUCGGCAGCUUGAUAUGGAUUUAGAGGAGCAUCAAGGUGAAAUGAAUCAAAAAUACAAAGAGCUGAAGAAGAGAGAAGAAAACAUGGAUAACUUCAUUGAGACAUUCGAAGAAAUGAAGAAUCAAGAACUAGAACGGAAGUCACAGAUAGAAUCUAACAUUGUUGCACUAUUGGAGCACUGUAGCAGAAAUAUAAAUCAUAUGAAACAAAUAUCUUCUAUCACUAAUCAAGAACUGAAGAUGAUGCAAGAAGACCUCAAUUUCAAAUCUACUGAAAUGCAGAAAUCACAAAGUACUGCCAGAAAUUUAACUUCAGAUAGUCAACGUCUACAGUUGGAUUUACAGAAAAUGGAACUCCUAGAGAGUAAAAUGACAGAGGAACAAAGUUCUCUAAAAUCUAAAAUUCAGCAAAUGACAAAAGAUCUGGAGACAUACAGUGAUUUACCAGCUUUGAAAUCAUCAGGUGAAGAAAAGAAAAAGAAACUCCAGAAAGCAAGAACAGCAUUAUCAAAACGCAGAAACACAUAUAAGAAAGUAAUGGAGAAGCUAAAUUCUGAGUAUGAGACAUUAAAGACUCAAUUACAAGAGAAUGAGACUCAUUCUCAGGGUGUGUACCCCGGACCUUUACCCAAUGAAGCAGAACUCACACUCAAGGCCUCAACAUCCAUUCCCAAGAGUGAGCUGACUGAGAUCCAACCAGCCAAAGACCACAAGGGUCAAGUUAGACAAGACUUGUCUUUGGACAGACUUAUUGCCUAUACAAAUGGGACAUUGUGUGCAAGGUACAUUAUGAAGGGUCUCAAGAUUAAUGCAGACUCUUGUUUAUGCUGUUCCCUAGCAUUCUUGUUGCUAGGUUCCCUAGCAUUGGCUCAUCAUUAAAUGGAAGGGAGAGAGAGAUGUCUUUGGAAAUGAAGGUAUUUUCAGGGUGUAGUGAUGCAUAUCUAUAAACCUUACUACCAGAGAGGCUGCUGUUCAGAACUGGGAAUAUAGGAAAGAGAGAGGGGGUUGAAAGGAGUUGUGUAAGAAAGAACACUCAGAGUGAGACUGGGAGAUCCAGGUCUUUUUUUUUUUUUUUAAGAAAUGAAGUUGAUAUAAAACAAAAGGUAUAAAUUAAACAUUUUUAAAUACUAAGCAUUUUUAUACAAUGCUUUUGCUUAGAAAAACUACGUAUUUAUUUAAUAUGUCUCAUAAAGGAAAAGCCUGAUUCAUUGAAUAGAUUUUUUGAAAAAACAAUUUUAAUACUAUACCGGUCAAAUUGUUUUCUGAGGAAGCAGCCAUCAAUAUAAUAUUCACAUUAGCUUCCUGUUGAUGCUGAAAUUAUUGAAACAAAGCCAACAUUUCACCAGCCCUCUUAUAAUCUUCUCUUGGCAGCUCUCUUCUUAUCGCAACUUCUGUCUUUAAUCAGGCAACUCAGCUCUGGAAAUAAGGAAAUUUCUUCUAUAGAGCUGAACCUUUGACAGUGUUAGGAUGUACUAUCUUCUGUGGUAUUAAGACUUCACAAAUUCUAAAGAAGAGAUAUACAGGAUCAGACAAUACACUAAAUUAAAGAGCUAGCAAUGUAUUCUUUUUAAAAUCUCUUCUAGCUGAGUGACCUCAAGUUUCUCACUUUACCUGCUGAAGACUUUUUUCAUAUAAAAGAACAUAGAUAAAAUUAUUUCUA